CGCAGUGGGCCUAAGCGAGCGAGAUGGUGAGUUCGUUGUCGAUCCCACCACCCAGAACCGGCUCCUCAGUCCUCCCUAUCCUUCAGCCGGACCACGGGACCAGGGGCAGCAGCGCAGCGACGACGGCCAUGCUCACCGCCGCCAUCCCCAGGCUCCGCUUGGUGGCGCCACCGCCGCUGCGGAACCCUUCGGCCAGGACCCACUGGCUGCGGCCCCUCUCCUCCUCCUCCUCCACCCACGUAACGGCCGCGGCGGCAGGGGCGGGGGCGCUGGAGCCGCCGGACCUGUCCCGCCUCGCCAACGCCGCGCGCAUCUCGCUCUCCCCUCAGGAGGCCGAGGAGUUCGCCCCCAAGAUUCGACAAGUGGUGGACUGGUUUGGGCAACUUCAGGCGGCUGAUCUUGAGUCCGUUGAGCCCUCACUUAGAGCUGGUACAGCGGCCGGUAGUUCUUUGAGAGAAGAUAAGCCUGAAACAUUUGCUAACAGAGAUGCCAUAGUAGAGGCCAUUCCAAGUUAUGAUGAUCCAUACAUCAAAGUGCCAAGAGUGCUGAACAAAGAGUGACUUGUAGUCUGUAUAUCAGAAUUUUUAGUUUGUUGAAAUUACAUGCCAUUGUACAACGAAGCGUGGUUAAACAAAACUUUGAUAGCUGCUGAAGAUUGAACAGAGCAAGAGCAAGCUAAGUUCACUUUGGUGUCAUUUCGAUUCGAUAAUGUUAUGAUUCAAGAUCUUGGGACAGGACAGAUUUGGGAUAUCUGCUUGAGGAGAUCCUUUUUUUGUUUUGGUGGCAGGAGAUCCUUUUUUAA